CGAUCUGACGAGGCUUCCUCGCGACGCCGCCCUCGCCGCCGGCCGCCUCCACCUCACCGGAGGAGCGAAUCGCGGACGCCGACGCCUCCAUGGCUUCUACUUCCUCCUCCUCCUCCUCCAAGUACGCGAAACACCGGCGGAUCGGGGAGGACGAGGAGGAGGAGGCGGAGGAGGAGGCCGAAGAGGAGCUAGAGCGGUUUGAUGAUUUCACUAUUGCUUCAUCAUGGGAGAGGUUUAUAUCUGAGAUAGAAGCUAUUUGCCGUCAAUGGCUUGCUGAUGGCCCAAAGAUCUUGAUGCAAAAAGGUGCAGAGAGUGUGCCUUCCUUCGAAAACUUGUAUGUGGUCAAACGUGAACUGAAGCAUGGGAAAAGAGUCUAUUGUAUGGAAUACCAUUUCACGAAAUCUGCAAAAGGGAAACAUUCGUACUGGGAUGAUGAUACACAUAGUAUGCAGCUAUCUUUUGGAGUAAAUGAGUUUCUGAUAAUUGCUCCCUUGAGUGCCAGCGGCGUGGUGCUCGAUGAUCCUGAAUCAACUAAGCUUUUGAGUUCAGUAGCAAUUGCUCUGUCUAAUUGUGGAGGCAAUUGGCCAGCCUUUGUGCCAGUGCAUGACCCUUCACGUAAAGCAUAUAUAGGAAUCCAAAAUUUGGGAACUGUAUUUACUCGAAGAUUUGAAGCUGAUCGCAUUGGUAGCCAGGUUCCGAUACGACUGAUGCAUUUGGAGGGGUUACAUGAGCUAUUUCUAUCCAAAUUUGUUUUAUCCUCUACAGAUUUUCCUGCAAGGGUAAAGGUAAACUUCUCCAUGAAGCUUUCCUACAGGACUCCUGAAUAUGAUUAUGAUAAUGAGGAAACUUUAGUGUCCGAAGCUAAUGAGCCAAUAGCGGAAAAUGAAGUUGUAAACCAUCCAAAAAAACAAUGGGAUGACGACUGCUCUUGGGCAGAGUGGUAUUCUGCUGAGGAUCCAGUCAAAGGUUUUGAGUUGACUGCCAUUUGGGGAGAGAGAGUGUUUGAGGAGACCCUUGAGAUGGCUGAGGUUGAAAAUGCCUCGUCAUUUGAUGCUGAUAGCUGGCUUCUUCACCCAAUUGUAUCACCAUACAUGAUUGAUGAUUCUAUUGGAAAGUUUGUGGGAUUUGCAUCCCAGCUACAACUCUUGGUAAAAGCAUUUGAAUCAUCAGCAGAGGCACAGUUUUUGGAGGAUUUUGUUGCAGCAGAUACUUCAGGCCAGGAAAAUUCAAAAUCUACCAUUACUGUACCUCCACCAUCUGUUGUUGAUCGUGUUAUGAAAGAUCUUUUCAAUGAUGAGGUUGGGAACUCAAAUUAUGUGGAUGCAGAAAAUAAGUAUGGCCGUGCCAUGAAAGGAGCACCUUCAGAUUCGCUCUUUGCCCAAUUCUGCUUGCAUGCACUAUGGUUUGGCAACUGCAAUAUACGAGCAAUAGCUGUCCUGUGGAUUGACUUUGUGCGUGAAAUUCGUUGGUGCUGGGAGGAAUCAGAACGAUUACCGAGGAUGAAGACCACAUCUAAGAUCGACCUCUCUACUUGUCUGAUACACCAAAAGUUGCAUAUGCUUGCAAUAUGCAUUGAGAGAAAGAAAUCAUUGAGUCGUGAGAAGAGUACUGAUCAUGCACAUGAAGAUGGUAUUUCAAAUAAUGAGGCACAAAACAAGACUCGUAAAGGAUCAGCAGGUGUCGUCCCCUCGAUGAUGCUUCUGAAUACAUUUCAAGAAAUGCAUGUACCAUAUACUCAGGAUGCACUUUUGAUGACUGAAGAUAUGCAUGAAGAAAGGCUCCAUGCUGCUGAAGCUUUUGGAAAUGCUGUUGGAUUGUCUGGUCAAUUGGAACGGGAUGUAUUAUCUUCUGAUAUGUCUGCUUUUAAAGCUGCAAACCCAGAUGCUGUUUUUGAAGAUUUUAUUCGGUGGCACUCACCUGGUGACUGGGUGAGUGAGGACAAAGCAGAGGGUUAUUCAGGUUGGCCACCCAAAGGAAGGCUUUCUCAGCGUAUGUCUGAAAAUGGGAAUAUGUGGCGUAAAAUCUGGAAUGAUGCUCCUGCUUUACCUGUCUCCGAACAGAGAUCUAUGCUUGAUCCUAUUCGAGAGGGAGAAAAGGUACUUCAUUACCUUGAAACAUUAAGACCACAGCAGCUCCUCGAGCAAAUGGUCUGCACUGCCUUCAAAUCAUCAGCAGACAUACUGAACAGAACCACAUAUGGUGGAUUUAAAUUGAUGAAGACUAAAAUGGAUCAGCUACAUGCUACAUUGGCUUCAACAUUGAAGUCUGUCCAAGGUAAAUCUGACAUCAGUGACUUAUCUGGUGACUUGAAGCGGAUUUGUCAAGUUUUUGAGCACAUUGAGAAGUUACUUAUUCUCGCUGCCUCAGUGCACCGAAAACUUGCAGAUGCUCCACGUCUGGCUCAAGCAAUUUUUGCUGAUUACUUUAAUUACUAUCUACCAAAAAUGGGUACUAGCUUGGAAAGUGUUUGCUAUGAGAAGGAGUUCACUGCUAAGGAAAAGGUGGCGAUGCAUGAGAGAGAUGCUGUAUCAAACCUGUUUCCUCCGCCAACUGCUAACCAAUCAUGGAGGAAAGUUUUGAGCAUGGGAAAUCUUUUGAACGGCCAUGAACCUAUACAAAGAGAAAUUGUAUUCUCUGUCAUUGAGAGAAUAAGCAAUGGCCACUAUUCGAGCCCAACUCCAUUAAGUACAGAUGAACAGAUUGAGACACAUCGGAUGUAUAUUUCUGGGACAUCGAAUGAUCUUUGGGUUGCAUUAUCUGUGACAUCCUGGGAUUGAGCACUCCGAUGUAUAUCUAUGGGUUGAUAGGAGUAUCCAGUUGAGCCCAGAAGACUGGAUCAUGGGGUAUCAGUGAUGGUUAGUGGUGCGUCUGAUUAAGCAGUUCACACGAUGUUAUCAACAAAGGAAAGUAUCAGUUCGCCAUCCACGAAAAGUGACAGUGGGGAACUUCAUGAAAGAAGGAAGAAGUUUAAUCUCGCAGCAAUCAGAAUUCAGAAAAUUGAACCAUUUCAUGGGAGUAUACCAAGUAAACUCUUUGAUCUGUUUUCCGGUGGGGUAUGUGGGAUACACAGCUGCACUUUGGGUGGAGGGAUUUUUCUAGGAGUGAUUGAAUUGCAAUUUACACGGAUGAUAAUGUGCUAAAUGCCAGCAGAACCGUUUGUGUUGGGUCCUGUUUGCAUAUUAGGUGAAAGAAAUUGAAUUGUAAUGUACACGGAGGUGCACGAAAAGAAAUGAGUGCAAGGUCUUGCAUGCUUGCGUUGCAUGGGUGGUUUGUUCACUCAGCUUUUGUGUCAUUUUUUCUUCUAGUUUUCAGAAAGGAAACAAUUAGUGUUCGCUUGAGGUUACCCCAUGUUCUUUGGCGAAUCUAAGGUUAGCCAGGGUGAAAAUAAAAACUUAAAAAAUGAUCUUUAUGGACUCAGCUUCACAAAGUGAAGAGUUUUAGAGCUUAUGGUAUAUUUUUUCCUCAGGUAUACUGUAUAUGCAUUGUAGUGCUAGU